AAUUACUCCUCUCCAUAAAUCCUUUGCACUCUAUCUACUAGUAGUACCAAAUAUAAAAAAGAGGCAGUCCAGUCCAGGGCAGGGCCGUCGUACAUGCAAACAGCUUUUCCUUUUUAGGCCGUGCUUGCGUCCUUGAGAGUUCAGACUCUGGAGGGUCCAGAGCUUCCGUUAUCCCCCAGGAAGGAAGAGCGAGGAGCAGCAAUUCAUCCUUCUUGCCACUAAACCGGCGAUUCGGUGGCCGAUCAAGGUGUUCGUGGAGGAGGAUCAUACAAGUCGAUCGGGCGCUCGGAGGACACUGCUGGGAGGAUGUUGACCAGAAGACUGCAGGGGUGCAGCAGCGUUCUUCUGCUCGUGUUUCUCAUUCUCGCCAACGCGUCAGGCACCUUCUCUGAAGAACAAGAAGCUGCUGAGGAGAGCAGGAGGCGGUCGCUGGCGACGGGGCAGUUCUGCGUGGCGAAGCAGGGCGCGGACCCAACCGCGCUGCAGACUGGGCUCAACUACGCGUGCGGCCCCGGCCACGCCGACUGCGGCCCCAUCCAGCCCGGCGGCAAGUGCUACAAGGCCAACGACCUGCCGGGGCUCGCCUCCUACGCCUACAACGACUACUUCCAGCGCAACGCCGCCUCCGGCGCCAGCUGCAACUUCAGCGGCACCGCCGUCACCACCUCCGACGACCCCAGCUCGGGGCAGUGCGUCUUCACCGGAAGCUCCAUGGCGGGAGGCUCCAACGGCACGACGCCGGCGGCGAGCGCCCCUACCAGCCUCUUCCCGCCGUCGACCUUCACGCCGGGCUUCGGAGGGGGGCCCACCAGCUCCUUGACCCCUCUGGGGGACGACGCGGACAGCGUCAUGGCCGGCGCUCGCCGGGCGCUCUGCGUGCUGCUGCUCCUGCUGCCGCUCUUCCUCUUCUGAUCGACGCCUCCGCUCGACUGUAAAUUCUACUCCAUGGCAUGGCAUUCGUUGCAUUUUACUAGGGAAUAUUACUAUCAGGUCACAUGUUUUUUGUUCUUCAGAAGUAAACCAUAUGUGGGUGUACAUGUCAGGUCGGAUCUUCUAUAAACCAAACUAUACUAUAUGUAAAGGAUGUUUUUCCCUUCCUGAAAUCUAAAAAGUGCGUGCGCGCGCGUUGGAGAGGACGAGCGGCCGCUCGGUCACUCGCAUGCAUGCAUA